AUGGCAGCAGGAGAUGUGAAACAACCUAAUGCCCAACUUUUAGCUGAUUUUGUAGCUUUUAUGGUGAUAAGGCAGGGGAGAAACUUUCAGAAAAAUAGGAACCAAGCACAAAGAGGAGCAACAGUGGGAACAAAACUUAAUAAUUCAGGGCAGAAGUUCACUAAACCACAGCAGAAGUUUAAGGCAAAGAAGAGGCAUACUCAAGAAGAUUGCUACAGAAUCAUUGGAUUUCCAGAUGAUUUUGAGUUUACCAAUCAGAAGAACUAUCAAAAUCAGAUCAAGGCAAAUGCAGUUUUAACACAUGAAAAUCAUGAGAAUCAGACAGGAGAGAAUACUGAAAACAACAAUAAUUUUGGGAAACAACUCAACAAGGAACAUGUUACAGAAAUGGUGAACAUAUAUAAGCAGGCAAAGUUGGCACAAGCAGGAAAUUUAGGAAUCAAUGCUAAUGCAGUUGCUGGUACUAUUCUAAAAUACUCAGGUGCUUCAGAACAUAUGUGUUUUGAUCCCAACUCUUUCUUAUUUCUAACUCAACUUCCUGUGCCUUUGAAUAUCAAUUUACCUAAUUCUUUCAAGGUAAUUGUUACUCAUAUGGGAAAUGUUUCUAUCCCUCCAGGUCAUGUCUUGAACAAUGUCUUACAUGUUCCAGAUUUCAAAUACAACCUAUUGUCAAUACAUAGGUUUUGCAUUCCGUUCAAAUAUGGUGUCUUAUUCACAUCUAUUGGGUGUGUAUUGCAUGGCCUUUCAAUGAAGAGUCCACAAGCUUUUAGUGAAAUUAGAGAGGGACUCUACAUAUUGGAGCCUAGUAGUCUUAAGUCUAAGAGUCUAUUCAGUAUUAAUGUAUCUUCAAUUCAAAAAGGAAGAAAUUCCAUUUCAGAGUCUAUGUCUUUUUCUAGUCCUGUUCAUGUUAAUGCAAUUCCUGAUGUUAAACUUUGGCAUGCUAGGCAGACAAAGAAACCUUUCCCUGUCAGCACCAUUAAAUCCAUAGAUAUUUUUUAUCUCAUUCAUAUAGACACAUGGGGACAUUACAAGUCUAAUACCUAUAAUGGGUUUCAGAUAUUUCCUUACUAUAGUAGAGGAACAUGGACAUUUUUGUUGUUCUCUAAGAGCAAUGCAUUUCCUAUGCUCAAAUCUUUCUUAUCCAUGGUUGAAAGACAGUUCAAAGCAAAUGUGAGAAUGAUAAGGUCUGAUAAUGCUCUAGAAUUGGGGAAAGUGACACAAGAAGCAACUUUUCUUGCUUUAGAAGAAAUCAACACACCACACCAUCCUAUUUUUUCAACUUCAAUUUUCACCACAGAACCUACCUAUUCAACCACAUUCCAAGACCAAACACAACCUACUUCUUCAGAAUAUGAUGCAACAGAUAUUCUUUCAUUACAAUCAUCAAGUCCUACUCACAUUUCUCAUCAUCAUUCAGUUUCUCCACAAUCACCAACUCCAGUCUCUCCUAGCCUAGAUCCAUCACAUACUAGGACACCUUCUUCUACACCUCAAAAACCUAUGCCAUUGAGGAGAUCAGGAAGAGUGUCUACACAACCAAUCUACCUGAAAGAUUUUAUGUGUAACAACAUCAUGUUCACAGAUCUAGCCACAACUUGUUUUACUCAACCCUGUCAACCUACUGAGUACUGUUUUUCAUCUCUCUCACCUAAUAACCAGCAUGUAAUGCAGUCCCUUUCUACCCUAACAGAACCUUCUAGUUUUAGCCAGGCUUGUCAACAUCCAGGAUCGAUAGAAGCAAUGAAUGCAGAAAUUAAAGCUCUAGAAGACAACCACGCCUGGGAUGUGGUUGAGUUGCCUAAAGAAAAAAGAGCUUUACCUUGUAGAUGGGUGUACAAGGUAAAGCACUUAUCAGAUGGCAGAAUUGAAAGGUUGAAGGCAAGGUUGGUGGUCAGGGGGGAUAUUCAAAGAGAAGGAAUAGAUUACAGUUAG